UUCAGUACAUGUGCAAGAUCACAGCAGUCAACAAGUUCCGGGUGACUUACGACGGACGACCUCAGGCCGAGAUAAACAACCCUCCGUGCCGAGGCUAGCGACUGCAAGACCUCGUACACGACGACUUUCAAUAUGGCAAAGAAACCGGAUGACAGCGGAGAUCUAUGGCUGUGAUUAACUAAAAUAAAAUCUAUUGCCACAUGUGUUCUCAGAUGAGACGACGACGACGACCACCACCAGCGGACAUCCCCAGAUGGAGCUCCGUCCCUAGAGUUUGAUCGCUCUCUCGAGCCAUGUCGUCGCGCACGUUGCUGAAGCAGCAGCUGAUGCGGGAACACGCUCAGGAGCAGGAGAGACGCGAGGCCCAGCAGCAGGCCUCUGCCUCUCAGCUCCGCGCCUCUGACUCCACUCCAGCCAUCUCUGUCACACUGCCCCCCAAUGCUGCCCGCCCCCCUCCAGCACAGGUGCCCGUGGAGGUGCUAAAAGUGCAGACCCACCUGGAGAACCCCACCAAGUACCACAUCCGGCAGGCACAGAGGCAGCAGGUGAAGCAGUACCUCUCCACCACUCUAGGCAACAAUGCGGUUACUCAGACCAUUGGUGUGUCACCGGUGCCGCAGUCCAGUUCUGCCCCUGAAGUUGCUCCCACUGCCAGCAGUGCCCCUAACAGUCCUAUGGCUCUGCUCAACAUCGGAUCCAACAAGGAGGAAAUUGACGACGUGAUAGACGACAUCAUUAGUCUUGAAUCCAGUUUCAAUGACGAAAUCAUUACCUUGAUUGAUUCAGGGCUUCAGUUGCCUAACACGCUCCCGGGAAAUCUGUUGGAUGUAUACAACAGCCCUGGAAUGGCAGCGCCUACUCUUACUGUCAGCAACUCUUGUCCUGCUGAUCUUCCAAAAAUUAAAAGGGAAAUUACUGAUGUUGAUGCCAAAGCAAUAAUGAAAGAAAGGCAGAAGAAAGACAACCAUAACCUCAUUGAGAGAAGGCGGAGAUUCAACAUCAACGACCGCAUAAAAGAGCUUGGUACUCUGAUACCCAAGUCGAAUGACCCAUAUCACAAUGACGUCAGCGAGAUGCGCUGGAAUAAAGGCACUAUACUGAAAGCCUCAGUAGACUACAUCCGGAAGUUGCAGAAGGAGCAGCAGAGAGCAAAAGAUAUUGAUAUGCGUCAGAAAAAGCUGGAGCUUGCAAACCACAGUCUGAUGUUACGCAUCCAGGAACUGGAAAUGCAGGCGCAGCUCCACGGCCUCAGUCCCGAUCCAUCCCUCCUCCAACAGCAGCAAGUUCAACACAGCGGUCCGUCACUGCAUCCGGGUGCAGCCGGCGUCUCCUCCCAAAACUUCCUCGGUCUGGGGGCGGCGGGCAUCGGACAGCCUCUGCCGGCCUCCUUCCUGUCCCCGCCGUCCUCUGACUCUCCGGCAGGAGUUACCAUCAGCAGCCCGCUGGACCUGGGCAGCCUGAGCUUCGCCGAGCUGGACGACGACUCUGCUUCGGGACUUUAUCCUGAUGUGGGCUUGGGAGACUUUUUAAUGGACGAGGUGUGCACACUGUCCCCAGAGAGGAUGGCUGAGCCACUCUUCUCCCCCUUGUCACCCAGUGCCUCUAAAAGCAGCAGUCGUAGGAGCAGCCUUGAAAUGGACGAGGACCUGUGAUGAGCCCUGUGUGGCUUGCAGGGGUUUUCUGUAGGGACAGGAGUGUCAAAAAGGACAGUCUAUCUUUAGGUAGCGCCAGUCUAUUUAUAGGACUGUACAAUGGAACAUACAAAAGCAGAAAUAGCUAACAUUAAGAUUAAGAUAUUAAUGUUCUUAAUUUUAUUUUCACUUUCUUCUAUUUGCCAUACAGGCCUAAUUAUUAUUGUUCCUGUUUGGAGCUGGUCCAAUCUGAUUAUGUCUAGGUCUAUAAUUAUUUAAGGCUUGGACUUAGCAUUAAGAGAUAUUUCCAUUCUCAUUUAGUUUUAAAUAUUUUCUUCAGAGUUUAAGAGGGACAUAACGUUUGCUUGAAUUUAUUAUGUGCUCAUUUAUACAGAAGAAAGCUGUGAGGUUUCAACAACACUGGCAUAAGAGAUGCCAACGUACAUUAUAUUUUCUUUUUUAAUGGAGUGGAAUCAGGGUUUGUUUAUAGCGGUUGCAUGCUCUUCCAUGUUGGGUUGUUUCACCAGCAGCUACAGAAGGGAUCUUUCUACGGUCAAUUGGCACAUUGUGAGAUAUUUACUGAAUAUUGUAUAUAAGAAUAUUUUAUUUUGAGCAAUUUAAUUGCACCUUAUUUUACGGCAGUCUAUGCAUUUUAUGAGAGCUUUUAUUGCUAUCGCACACGGGACAGGUUGCAUGUAUUUGUAAUACAUUUUAAAAGCAAUGUAACAUUCACUUGCUGCUGCAGCUAGUCGGCCAAAGCAGGACUUCUUCCUGAGUAGCAACAAAUCAGCGUUUUAUUUCUGAAUUUAUUAAGGAGCCAUUUGGGAAAGCAAGAAAAAUCAAAUCCCACAAUGAGCUUAACGACUACAAGGAACUUCGUCCUUCUCUUGCAGAGUCUGACCAUCAACAAGAAAAAAAGAGCAGCCGGGGACAGCUUUGUGUGGGUUCUGCUGCGCACAAACGCAAUACGCAUUAAGGCUUGUCUUUUAAUGGCACUCCCUAACCUCUACCCCAUUACAUCAGCACUGAAAACCAAGUAAAAUUUUGAGACAAUAUUUAGGGGUCCUAUGGAUGGAAGAAAAUGCCUCACUUUAAAGUAAACUAAUCAAUCAAACUGACAUUUAACAAUGCACCACAUCAUGCCAAUAUGUAUAGUCUUUGACAAGACAGGACAAAUCACGGGGUGUGGUCCCCUUUGCCAACUGUAUUCAAAUUUGUUUAACCGAAAGGUAUUUGCUUCACAGAGGUAUAUAAAAACAAGAUACAACACAGAAA